AUGUCUUGCUACCAACCACUACUACCUAAUAUCCAUGACAUGGACCAGAAAAAGAGAUCAGCAGUUACACUUUGUAAUGUGCUUCUGACGAUUUUCGGAUUCUUUUUCCUAUUCUUUUGGUUUUCCCAAUUCCAUAAAAGUCACCCGGAAGACGAUUUGGAGCUUGAGCCAAUGCCUUUAAGAUUCCAGAGACCUGAAACGACUACGGUAGAGCCACGGACUGAAACGGCCGCCACACUGUUCCCUGCCAGAACCACCACAUUUGACUCGUUCCAAAAUGCCUACUCCGGAUUCCAAUUCACCAAACCCAUCGCCUGUGGUAAGCGAAUCGUCGGCUACUACAACGGAUGGAAUGGUCAGAAGCUGACGGAUUCGCAGCUUCAAAAAAUCACUCAUCUCGUUUUCGCAUUCAUGAAAAUCCAUAAAAACGGGACGGUUUCUUUCGAGAAUGACGAGAAGAAAUCGCUAUUUUUGGAGAUGAAAAAGAUGGCGAAGGAGGUGAACGAGGAGGUGAAAGUGAUGUUUUCAAUUGUCGGAAAGUAUAAUUCCGAGUUUUUUGGAAAGUUGAACGCGGAUUUUAAGAAAAGAAAAACGCUCAUCAACUCCAUCGUCUCAUUCCUCCAAGAAAACCAAUUCGACGGUGUCGACAUAUUCUGGAAAUGGCCUACAAGCCAAGACAAAGCAAACUACGUCUUCCUGCUCCGCGAGCUCCGACAGAAACUCCAGAAUCUGGAUCUCCAGAAUCCCAAAAUCCUGUCAAUCGUGACACCGUCAGUCGGUCUCGAGCUAAUGGACGGAUUCCAUUUGAAUGGAAUUUUGAAAUAUGUAGAUUUUGUGAAUGUGGAGACCGACCGGACCACCGGCGCGCUCACCGGCGCGCCAGCUCCUCUCUUCUCGGAAAUCGGACAGUACAAGGAAUUCAACGUGGACUGGACAAUGAGACAUUUGGCAUGUGUAACCGGGAAGCCGUCUCAGCUGAACAUGGGCGUUCCAUUCUAUGGAAGAUACUGGAAAGGGGUCGAGGGAGCAGUGGAAAAAGGGGAUGACAUGUGGAGGACUACCGGUAAAGACGUGGCAACCGGAACGGUAUUCUGGCGGAAUAUGGAGAAGGAGGGGUGGUCGAAGUCAUCGGCCACGUGGCAUCAGGAAUCAAGGACCCCCUAUAUUUGGGAUGCCAAGAAUCGGAUGUUUUUGGGAUUCGAGAAUGAGAAGAGUGUCGGUGAGAAGUUGAGAUAUACAAUCGAUAAAAAUCUAGGCGGAUUGACAAUAUGGACACUUGAAAUGGAUGAUGACGUGGAUUCUCUUCUGGAGGCUGUCACGACAACGUCAGAGGAUUGCGGGGGCUCGGAGGAGUUACAAUAUCAAUGUAAUUAA